AUGGAUCAUGUCACGAACUUCUCCCAACUCGAUCAACUUGACCGAUCCGAGGACUCGGACCUAAUCGAUGAUGAGGAAGAAGCUAUUUACUCGAUUAGCACUCAAUUGUAUCCAUCUGACGGAAAGGCGGACUAUCGGACCCGGAAUUCAAAAGCUGACCCCUUUCAGAGGACGACCGUAGUAGAUCGCGAUGGAGUCGUCAGCAUCCGAUGCAAGAUACUUGACGUCGUACAUGGUACAAUGUCACCCGACAAUCCAACCUCAUUCGCCACCUUAAACGUUUUCAAGUGCGCCUUCAUUUCUAGGAGGCACAGCCGCCGGGCCAGUUCUGCAGAUGUCGAACUCGUAUUCAAGGGUCGGGGUGCGGGGGCCCCAGACCCUGAAGUGGUAGAAAUUGCGCCACAGGGAAAAUUCUGCCUUAUGCCCGAGACCGAGGAGAAUACGGUGACACGAGAGGUAUCAGGUGGCGUCACUGUGCCGCUCGUAGGAGGACCAGGGGCUGAAGGGAUGCUGAAGUGGCAAGAGGUCGGGGUUCGACAGAAGAAGAAGUACACAACAGUCAUUGGCGAGGCAAGACUCCUUGGCAGAAAUGAGGGCGAGGAUGAUUCAGCUGCAUGGACACUGCUGGAAAACCCUAUCACUUGUGACGGAGUGCCGGAGGCGUUAACAGGAGCCAUCCUACUGAAGAGGAGAGACGGCUUUAGUCACUUCCAGUGUGACUUCAGUAUUACAGUGAAGACAGACAGAUGGACCGCCUUUGCCAACUUUUUCAAGUCAUUACCACUGGACGACCCCAUCCUAUUCGACCCCCGAUUACCGCCUACCAAUAAGCUCAUGAUCUACGCGACAAAUAGCCUGGCCAAUAUCAGCCUCAGAGACUUUGAGAACAUCAAUAUCAUGAAGAUCAAGACAGCUUCCGUGCCCUUGCCGAGUACCGACCCAGAUGCCGACUAUGAGUCCGACAACUCUGAAGGAAGUGAAUAUUACUCCGGCAUUGAUGAUCAGCCCGAAGAGAAUUUACUGGCCAGACUUGAGAACGAGCUGGCUGAGAAAAUAUGGGAUUUCCAAGGACGCAAGGACGACCAAUCUCGCAAACAACGUGAGGAACUGCUAUCCAAAUUCUUCAGUCAGCACUCGAGUACGAUCAGAAGCAAGACCCCGCACUUUUUAGAAAACAUAUUUCAUAUCCUGGCCCGCAUUCGAGAACCAAGGAUCUCCAAACUUAAGCUGCUUGUAUACUGGGUUGUCCAGCAUCACUGGCAGCUAUUGACAGAACAUGACCGGCAAGGAAUGACUGGGUUCCACCUAGCAAUACAGAGCGAGAAUCACAAAUUGGUGAGGUACCUGUUGGAUGCCUACACAAAAUACCACAAGGCCGACGAAUCAGGGAUCGAAAACAUUCUAGGGGCUACUUACCAUGAAAACAACUCUCUCCACUUGGCCAUGAAAGAUAUGACACCCAUCUUAGGCAAAAUGAAGCAGAGUGGUCAGCUUGAAGCCAUCAUAAAGCUAAUCGACAACGCGAGCACCAAAAUACUUACCACAAAAAACGAACAUGGCUUCACUCCCCUGCACCUAGCCGUCGAGGCCAAAAAGUGCACGCCACAACAGCUCAUAAUCAUUAAGAAGCUGGUCGAGAGGUGUGACGCAUCACUCGACGUGCGAGGAGGCAAGGACGGCACAUAUUUCUCCCCAUAUCAAUAUCUUAUGAGAACAUAUCAAGAGUUGCCGGAGCUCCUUGGCGUUGGUACCGGUUCAAGCACUCGGAAUGCAAACCUGAAGUCAAAGAAUACAGACGAUGGACGAAUGAAGGCGGCCACAAAAUCACCUCUGGACCAGAUUGGCAGAGUAAAAAGGAUGUAUUCUGCAGAGAAGCCACGCAAUCAAGUCUACAGCAGUGAACUUACCCCGACCCAGGAAGUCUCUGACCACCCUUCAUCCAUUACGGAUACCAACCAAUACCGAUCAAGAUCCGAGAAUCUAUCGAGUUACCCAGUCAAGGGUGGCCAAGGUUCUAAUAACUUCCAGAAGCCCGACUCUGGCGAAACUCCCGGCCAACGAAGCAAUAACACGCAGAGUCUUCAAACGAAGCCUACAAUGGAUGGACCGAAGACAUCAUUGGAUGGUAACACCUCUGUCUUAUCCAGAGAACAACAAACGCAGUUCUCGACAACGAUGGCAGCUGCCCAGAUGACUCCCGGGCAGAAGAACAGCACAAAGACCAAGACCAAUCAGACCCAAGAUAGGGCUACGACUGAGAGCGUCAAUGAGAUCGCCACAUUUCUCAAGCACGUGUAUCUACGCAAGAGAAGCCGACAUCUAGCUCUAGACUUCUUGUACGGAGGGUUUUCAGACAGGCAGAUAGACUUCAAUCUCAACGGAAAAAAGGGCGAGAUAUCUGAAGAGGACUUCACACUUGGCUACCAGUGUGCUAAGCUUGAAGACACACUUCAGUCUGUCUGCAUACCUAACCUCACCAUCAAACCUUUGCCGCCUAUUCAACCUGUCGGCAAGCCAGACGAUGAUAUAAAACUCCGGCAAGAGCAUCCUUCCCGUAGGCAACCCGUCGUGGGCAGAACAGAUCUUGGCAUCAUUUUCGAUUGGCUCCAGAACAAGGCCAAGGUAAAAAAGAUUAUUAAAUUAGAUGUGGACGACUCUAACCACCCGCCCCAUUGCGAUGAGGCUAUAGAAAAGGCUACAAAACCCUUCGACAUUGAGGUUUGGAACUGGGUUAAGAUCGAUCUUUGCUGCGACACGAUAGCUAAGGUCGCGCCUAAGGCUCGCCACAUCAUGCUAUAUUGGAGUGGAAACAAUGCCGUGCUUCGUGGAUGGAGUGAUUCCAGAAACGGCCUGGCACGUCUACAAUAUCUGGAAAAAGUUGAUGUCUUUCUUCGAUCGGGCGUAGAGGGUAUGGAGAGAAAUGCUAAGAACUUCAAAAGCUUCCAGGACCGGCUCAAACUUAGACAGCCGAGACUCACAAUCACAUUAUUCGAUCAGGAGAACCUGGUAUCAGCCACACGAAUAUUCGUGAAAAAAGAGAACGCCCUACACAAUCACAAGUGGCUCAAGUGCAUGGACAGUUUCUCUGGAUUCAUCAGGAACGUGCGCCUUAGUGACUCUCAAACAAAGUCACUGAAACCAAUCAGGAUUGCCAUCAUCGACGAUGGGAUCGACACAACCGAGCGGAAGCUGCAUGGCCGUGUCAGUGGCGGGCAGUGCUUCUGCUCUCAAGACGAAAGCCCGUCUUUCUGCGUAUCAGCGGAUGGCCAUGGAACGACGAUGGCCCACCAGAUAUCACGGGUCUUUCCAUUUGCUGAGAUCAUCUCCCUCAAGCUGGACGAGCACGCACAGAGCAAUGGCACCUCGCAGUUCAGUGUGCGGAGCGCUGCCGACGCUGUACAAUAUGCCAAGAAGCUGAAUGUUAGCAUCAUCAACAUGAGUUGGAGCGUCGAGCCUACCGAUGCUAACAAGGACUGGCUGCUUGACCUGAGAGAUUCUCUCAUGCUGGCCGACAAGAACAAUAUUCUCAUGUUCUGCGCUGCCAGCGAUCAGGGCAAGACAGCUGACAAAAGCUACCCUGGCCAGUACUCACGCGGACCCCAGAGUACCCUGUUCAAGAUCGGUGCUGCUACGGCUACGGGGGCAGAGUACCAUUACGUGUCACUCAAAGACGUUGAUUUUCUCUUCCCUGGUCGCGUCGUAGAAAAGGAGCAGGACGAAGAGGUGGCAGAUUCCGCAGCCAGCAUGCGGCCCAAAGAUCGAAGCUCGGAAGGCUCAUCAAUCGCCACGGCAUUUGCGUCUGGACUGGCCGGAAUCAUCCUGUACAUCCUUCAGCUAGUAAGUUGCUACUAUAAGGAUGACGAAGAUGUUCCUGCCGUUGCCAGGUACUAUGACAGGAUUAGGGAUAAUCCCAGAAAGAUGAAGGAAGUAUUUGAGAGGCUCGCGGCCACCAACAUGAAGUUCGUCGAAGUAUGGAGGGCUUUUGAGACUGCUGAGAACGAUUGGCGCGCGGGGGGAGACAAGAUCGAGAUCUUGUCUGAGAUUUGCACUAAGCUGCUAGGCGGCUUGGUUUAG